AUGGACGCAGAGGACACACGGGAAUUCCACAAGUUUCCCAAGGGGGAGCGCUGCGUGGAAUGCGGCUCCAAGAAGUGGUACUGGGACGGAGGUCGACGGUACUGCCGCAGAGGCCACCAGGUUGAGGGUGUCGUGCAGUUCGAGUUUGGCGAUGACGAGUACGGCGACACGGGCAAGGUCGCCCGCAAGGCCAAGGAGGUCCGUCAGCGCGAGAAGCAGAAGCUUGCCGGCAAGGCGGCGCGGGACCUCUAUCUCGAGUGCGUGCAGCUUGUGCUGCGCCUCCAGGUCGACUGGCUCGUCAACGCGAAGGGCCACAAGGCCGAGCUCGAGACGGUUGUCCGAGAUCUGUGGGACCUGCGACUGCGCGGAAGCCCCGCGGCGGCAACUGAGGAGCAGAUGCUGCACGACUCGACGUCUGAGGCGGAGCUCUCCGUGUUCAGCUCCCAGCCGACGAGCGAGCAGGACGAGAGCGGUUCAACGCUUCCGCAUCGCAAGAAGAGAGCGAAAAGCUGGGCUUCGGAUGCGGGAGAUGGCUGGCCAGCGCCGCGGCUGCCAGAUACGCUGGCGCUUUGCUACCUGGGAUGUCUGCUCCUGAGGGCGCCGACACGGAUCGGUGACUUUGUUCGGUGGGCGAAGGGCGGUAAUAUCACGUACAAGCAGGCGGAGAUGUGGAACAGGUUACCAGCAACCCACCAGAAACAGUUUCAAGUGGCGGACCUGGCACGGUUUGACGACGGCGAGCUCCAUUCAUCUGUGAUGAACCUGGCGCUCUCUUUUCACGCGAACUAUGAAAUGGUGUUUCCGCCCCUGAACGACGUUUUGAUGACGCUUCAAUAUGUUAGGGAACUCGGUCUGCCAGGUUUGUCUGCUCACCUCUAUCUUGUGACCAACGGCAACUGA